AUGUAUUUCACCCAAGCCUUUUUGACCCUUCUGCCACUGCUUCUUGCAUCGCAGGUAGAAGCUCAAAGCUCCAUUCAAAACUUGACCCUUGGCUUUUCAGCCAACGAUGGAAAAGGAAACGUUACGUUCUCCACCAGUGAAGCGCCCUCGAGCGUCACUUGCUUCAAUCUCGCCGAAAUCUUUGCCAGCAAUGCCAGUACCGAGCAUUCAUAUGUCGUUGACAACACUCAAAACUUCAACCCACAGACCAACUACACGUCACUCUUCUACCAGCAGCUUAAUGGAAGCAUCAAUGGAGACACCAGCGGUGUUGGUACCGGCAAAGACGCUGCUCGAUCUGUUGAGGUCUUCCCCGGAGAGGAUUGUCGUGAGACAGAUGGCUUGUCAUGGUACGGAUUCAGCUGCCAAAAUGCCGACGGAGAGACUUAUACCGUCCCUGGUGGCGUUAAGAGUUUCUCGAUUGUGAGCAAAGCUGAGUCUGCCAAUCAAGGCCACUGCUGGAUCCUUGCAAAGCAGGGUGCAGCUUCGACAAGCUUCAAGGGUUGCUUUGCAGCAGUGAUCACUGCUGCAUUCUCAGGAUUGCUCUUGAUCAUGUGA